AUGAUUGCUCAAUCAUGUUCAAAAGUUCAAAAAUAUCAAACAGCUUUAAUGGAUAUGCAAGUUUACGUUGAAAGUCUUCAAGUGAGCCAGCAACGAUUUGAUAUUUGCAGCAAAAAGAAAAAACCUGAUUUAAUUAAUUUGACUUUACAAGGAUGGGGAAUUCCCCAAAAAUGUCCGUUCAAUAAUGAAACGAUUUUCUGCAACAACUCUACAUCUUUACUGAGCAAUGAAACGAAACGUAUAAUGAUUUUUUUGGCAUCUACUAUGAAAAAUGCCUUUUUUAAGAUAUUAAUUGUGCAUGACACUGGAACAUCAUGUUUUGAGGGUGAAGGGAAAAUUAGAAAUAACAAGCUUUAUAAUCACUUUCAAACUGUCAAUGAAGAUUCAAAAUUACGAAAACACGCUGGCAACCCUAACGACUGGGCACUCGUAAAACUCUACAAAACUUAA